GCGCCGGGGGCCAGCCAAGCAGUGCGCCGCCGGACCUUCGCCUCCCUGCGGUGACCUCGCAGUCCUGCGGGCCGCUCGCUCUGCGACCGCGCUUGCGACAGGACUCCCGGCGCCGGGUCCCGAGCGAGCGCGGCCACCUCCGCGCGCUGGCACUCCCCUCCUCCUCCCUUGCUCCUCCUCCGCCUCUUCCGUUUCUCUGUGAAAGGCUGCAGCGUCCUUCUGGGCUCCGCAUCCCCGCUUAGGUAAUCCGUUUUCCUCCCCACGCCACCCCGGUGUCCCCGCGCCAGCGUCUCCGAUCUGGGUCAGUGCGAGCCGAGCGCGCUCCAUCGCCUCUCCGGAGGACAGCUGAGGGCCAGAAGGUGGGUGAGACUGAUAGGCAGGCUUCGGCAAUGUCAGACAUCCUCCAGGAGCUGCUCCGGGUCUCCGAGAAAGCCGCCAACAUCGCCAGGGCGUGCAGGCAGCAGGACGCCCUCUUCCAGCUGCUCAUCGAGGAGAAGAAAGAUGGAGAGAAGAACAAGAAGUUUGCUGUUGAUUUCAAGACCCUGGCCGAUGUGCUGGUACAGGAAGUUAUAAAACAGAAUAUGGAGAACAAGUUUCCAGGUUUGGGGAAAAAAGUUUUUGGAGAAGAAUCCAAUGAGUUUACAAAUGAUUUGGGGGAAAAGAUUACCAUGGAGCUGUGUGCUACAGAGGGAGAAACGGCAGAACUUCUUAGCAGAGUCCUUAAUGGCAACACACAAGCAUCUGAAGCUUUAGCUAAGGUGGUUCACCAGGAUGUAGACUUAACUGAUCCCACUCUGGAUUCCCUGGAAGUCAGUAUUCCACAAGACAUUCUGGGAAUUUGGGUGGAUCCCAUAGAUUCAACCUAUCAGUAUAUUAAAGGUUCUGCCAACAUUAAAUCCAACCAAGGCAUUUUCCCUAGCGGACUUCAGUGUGUCACCAUUUUAAUUGGUGUCUAUGACAUCCAGACAGGCAUGCCCCUGAUGGGAGUCAUUAAUCAGCCCUUUGUGUCUCAAGACCUAACUACUCUCAGGUGGAAGGGACAGUGCUACUGGGGCCUGUCUUACAUGGGGACCAACAUUCAUUCCCUGAAGCUCAGCAUCUCAAAAAGAAACAGCAGUGAAGCCCAGACUGAAAACACCAGCUUAGAUGCAGAGUUCUCCCGUCCCUUUUCUGCAGUCAUCAGUACAAGCGAAAAAGAGACUAUCAAAGACGCACUGUCGCGCAUAUGUGGAGGUAGCAUCUUCCCGGCAGCAGGGGCUGGUUACAAGAGCCUCUGUGUUGUCCAAGGCCUGGUUGACAUUUAUAUCUUUUCAGAGGAUACCACCUACAAGUGGGACUCUUGUGCUGCUCAUGCCAUUCUGAGGGCCAUGGGUGGGGGCAUUGUAGACAUGAAAGAGUGCUUGGAAAGAAAUCCAGAAACGGGGGUGGAUGUGCCACAGUUGCUAUACCAUGUGGAAAACGAAGGUGCUUCUGGGGUGGAUCUCUGGGCCAACAAGGGAGGACUGAUUGCAUACAGGUCCAGGAAGCAGCUGGAGACGUUUCUGAGCCUCCUCAUCCAAAACCUUGCACCUUUGGAGACAUAGACAUAGGACUCUGACCUCAGUUUACCCACAAACCAAACUCAAACUGUUUCUUUUUAUCUCUAUCUCUUGAAGAUAGUUUUGUCCUAUUGAUAUUCACCUUCCUCUUUUGAGGAACAUUUUUCUCAUUAGUGUUCAUUAUGUGUUCAUAAUGUUAAUUUCAGUAAAUUAAUGAUGAUCAUGCUGCAAUUAAAUUGGUAUAUGAUAUUCUUACACUGAAUAUUGCAUUGUUAAUGUUGCUUGGAAUAUGUCAAUAAAAUAUUGAAGAAUGAGGAAAACUUCAGUUCAAUUAGAAUGAUUAGAAUGACUAAAUAUCUAAGCUAUACCAGAAUCAUCACUGAAAUGUUGGGGGAAAUCCAGAUAGGAUUUGCUUGGGUUUUAUUUCUUGUCUUGAAAGAGAAAUCUGUGGUUUUAGCUUGUGAAAGAACAUCUAGAUCUGUGGAUCUGCAUAAUGUAGCCAAGUUCAUGUACUUACCAUAGUGUUCUUUUAUUUUCUUAUAAAAAUGAAAGGCAGAGACACUGUGGGCUCCCUCCCACUUUAGAAAAAGCAGGGAAGAAGUUAGAGACUGGGAAACAGAAAGGAGGGGGAAAAACGCAAAGAGUGAGGAGAAAAAGGGAGGGAACAAGUGGAUGGAUGG